UCAAAAAUUCUUCAUAAACCUUUUAGUGUCUUACAAUCCUUGAAAAUCAACUCAGCGGCACUCGAUGGCAGACCGUAAACCAAAGUUGACAAAAGAACAGAUCGAUGUGUUGAAAGAAGCUUUUUCCCAGUUGGACGAGGACGGCGACGGUCAAAUCAGCGACAAUGAGUUGGAGAUCGUCAUGAGAUCCCUCGGACAGAAGCUGACGGAGUUCGAGCUGUUGGAUCUCAUGAUGGAGAUGGACGCGGACCACGAUGGCAAGAUAGACUUUGAGGACUUCGUGGAGGUGAUGGGUCGGAAGAUGGACGCUGAAGAAGAAGAUGAAACGCAAGAGGCGUUCAGGCUGAUGGAUAAGGACGGGGAUGGUCUGAUCGGUGCGGCGGACCUGAAGACGAUGAUGAGGACGCUGGGGGAGAAGUUGACGGAUGCGGAUGUCCAGGAGAUGAUCAGGGAGGCCGACCUGGACGGUGAUGGAAUGGUCAGCUUUGAGGAGUUUGUAGCCAUCGUCACGUCCAAGAAGUCUGAAGAUGUCUGAGAGAUGGGUUGAAAGAUGAGGUUUAGGAAAUGCUCAGAGGUGCAGACUUUGGAUGGUAAAUUGAUUAGGACU